UUUACGAUUUUUACUUUAUCAAAUAACAAUAAUGAAACUCUUUGUUGUUUUAUUUGCUACCAUCGCUCUGUUUUCGAUGAUGAGUUGCCAAGACGAUGAUGAUGAUCUUAGCGAUAUAGUGAAUCAGUACGCUUGUGAUGCAUGCGACGAUAUUACAUGUUUAGAUACGACCGAAUGUGGACCGAAUCCAGAUACUUGUAAUCAGUACCAAGAUUAUGGUGUACUUAAUGAAGACGACAAACAAUUAGUAUUACAGAAACAAAAUGAAUUACGCCAAAAGGUUGCAAGUGGAAGCCAAGAGAAUCAACCUAGUGCGACGAAUAUGUACGAGUUAAUAUGGGAUGAUAAAUUAGCCAAUAUGGCACAAUGUUUCGCUAACAAUUGUCAAUUUAGACAUAUUGAUUGUGAUUACGCUGAAAAUCCUGAUGGAUUUGGACAAAAUAUCGAUGAAUUAUUAACAAAUUAUAAACCAGACCACGAAGAUUUAGGUUAUGAUGGUGAUGUACAAGACUGGUAUGAUGAAGUGGAGUAUUUCCCAUCUAAUUUGGUUGGUGGUUACAAGGACGCUGGUAAUGGCACAUAUGAUGGUGGCGAUUUCGGACAUUAUACUCAACUUGUUUGGGCAAAAUCGAAAAAAGUUGGAUGUGGUAGCUCUUUGUUUUAUAUAGAAAAAUUAAAAAGAUGGCAUAGUUUGCUGUUUUGUAAUUAUGAACCAGCUGGUAACUAUGAAAACGAGCCUUUGUAUGAAGAGGGUGAGCCAGCGUCCAAUUGUGAGAAUGGCCCAUCAGAUGAUUAUCCAGGAUUGUGUAAAAAUGAAAAAGCUUAAAUGUGUUUUUUAAAGUCACUUGUUUGUAUCUAUAAUAAAAAAACUUUAUAAUUGCACUAUUAAA